AUGGCGGCGAUACACGUCCUCGACGACUACUAUUUGGCCAUCACGGCACUCAUCACCGUAGCAUAUCAGCUGUUUUUCUUUUCAAUAGCCUUUAGCUUCAAGUUCGACAAACUGACUGACUUCGCCGGCGGCACAAAUUUUGUGGUUCUCGCAAUAAUCACGCUCUCCCUCAGCGGCCACGCCCAUGCGCGCCAGGUCGUCGCCUCCAUCUUCAUCAUGCUCUGGGGCGCCCGCCUCUCAGCCUUUCUCCUUUUCCGCAUCCUCAAGACGGGCAAGGACGACCGUUUCGAUGACAAGCGCGACAAGUUCUUCCCGUUCCUCGGCUUCUGGAUCUUCCAGAUGAUCUGGGUCUGGACAGUCUCGCUGCCCGUCACAGUCCUCAACUCGCCCAACGUCACGCGGUACCCGCAGCACGCCUUCGGCACGGGCCGCGACGUUGUCGGAAUCAUCUUCUUCGUCGUCGGCUUCGUCAUGGAGUCCGUCAGCGACGCGCAAAAGUACCGCUUCCGCAGGGACAACCCGAGCCGCGAGGCCAUCUGCGACAAGGGCUUCUUCAAGGUCUCGAGGCAUCCCAACUACUUUGGCGAGAUCCUCAUCCAGUUCGGUAAGCCAGCCUUCAAGGCUCUCUACGCCACCAUCCUCGGCCCCUUCUUCCUGACGCUGCUGCUCAUGUUCGUCUCGGGCCUGACGCUGCAGGAGCGGCCCGGCGCCAAGAAGCGGUACGAGAACGGCCAAAACUGGGAGGGAUACCGGCGCUACCUUGAGCGCACCAGCAUCCUGAUCCCGUUCCCGCCGCAGUUGUACGCCCGCAUGCCGACGGUUCUGAAGCGCACCGUCUUUCUUGAGUUCCCCAUGUACGUCUUCGACCCGGCGAAGCACUCCGACGCCGGGGCCCGCGCCGAAGAGGGCCAUCAGCACGAAUCCAUCGCCAAGCCGGCCAAGAACGGGAGACCGAGUGGUGAGGAGUCGCUCGUUGGCCAGCACUCGUGA